AUGGCUUCUCAGUACGAGCUCGACGAUAUGGCGGGCAAGCACCCUCGGCCUACGGUCGAGGAUGUCUCGCUGAGCAGUGACCAAGACCAUUUGGACAGCGCGCAAUUGGCCAAGCUGGGUAAGAAGGCGGUCCUCAAGCGAAACUUCGGUGGUUGGACGAUCUUGGGCUUCAGUUGCGCUGUUCUUGUCACCUGGGAGGGAACUCUCAUGAACUUCGCUCCUGGCCUGAACAAUGGCGGAAGUGCUGGUAUCAUCUACGGCUACCUCUUCGUCUGGGUCGGCAUCUUGAGCUCUUUCGCCACCCUCUGCGAACUCGUCUCCAUCGCGCCAAUGGCCGCUGGCCAAUACCACUGGGUCGCCAUGCUCGCUCCUCGACGAUACGCGAAAUACCUCAGUUAUAUCACGGGCUGGAUGAACUUUGCUGGAUGGCAGGGCACUUCAGCGGCUGCUGCUUUCCUGACUGCCACUAUGAUCCAAGGUCUCGUUGUCUUCACAACUCCCUCCUACGACGCGCAUACGUGGCAUGGUACUCUGAUGAUCUGGAUGUGUGUCCUGGUUGCUAUCAUUAUCAACACUGUUGUUAGUGCGUUGCUUCCUAUCUUGGAAGGCAUGAUCUUGAUUCUGCAUCUUAUUGGCUUCUUCGCUAUUCUUAUCACCCUUCUUGUCUUUCGCGAUAACGACAACGGCACUGAGGUCUUUACCGAAUGGCGCAACGGGGGCGAGUGGCCUACACAGGGCCUUUCUUGGUUCGUUGGACUGCUGGGUUGUGUCUUCUCCUUCACUGGUGUCGACUGCUCCUUUCACAUGUGCGAAGAGGUCAGGAACCCUUCUCUGAUCGUCCCUAGGUCUAUUAUGGGCAGUAUCACCAUCAACGGUCUUCUAGGCUUCGGCAUGAUCAUCGCUAUGCUUUACAGUGCCACUGAUAUCGAUGCUGCCAUUGAGACCCCCACUGGAUAUCCUUUUAUGGAAAUCUUCUAUCAAGCCACUGGAUCUAUUAAUGGAACAGCUGGUAUGACUGCCCUCAUUAUUGUCAUGACUCUGUCUGCUACCGUCGGUGUUAUUGCUUCGACAUCUCGCAUGCUGUGGGCGUUUUCUCGUGAUAACGCCAUGCCAUUCUCUCAGACUCUUGCCAAGGUCGAGCCCCGAACUAACAUGCCUGUGUGGUCCAUCUCCAUCACUUGCCUCAUCUCCUGCCUCAUCGGUCUGAUCAAUCUUGGCUCCAGCGUUGUGUAUAACGCGAUUAUCAGUGUGGCCAUAUCUGGACUCUAUGCUUCCUAUUUCAUGCCCGCCAUCCUUCUUCUAUACCGUCGUUGCGACAAGGACUACAAGAUUAGGAACAUCGCUGGUGAUAAUGAAGUUCUUGAGUGGGGUCCAUGGCAUCUUCCAGGCAUGUUUGGCGUCGCUAACAAUGUGUUUGCUUGCAUGUUUAUCAUCAUCAUCUGGUUCUUUAGCCUGUGGCCCCCGCAAACCCCAGUCGACGCCGCCAGCAUGAACUAUGCUCCAUUGAUGACCGGUGGAAUUGCGAUUCUCGCCACUAUCUACUACUUCUUGCGCGCCAACAAGGUUUACGUGGGUCCCAAGAUUGAGAUUUAA